AGGAAUAGGCGAGGGCUUCGUGGCGCGACACCGGCGACGAUGAUCUGCAAGAUUGGUAUGAAACCUCGGAUUAAUAUAUGCAGGAGAAGAGGACGACAGAGCUCUCAAGACAAGGAUGGGGAUUGCUGCUUGGUGAAGAGAAAGAGAAGGAGAUUAAUGAACAACCUGGAUGACCGAAUCAGUGAUUCGCCAUGUGAAAUUUUGGUCAAUGUAUUGUCUCUAUUGCCGCUGAAGGAAGCAGCAGGCACAAGUGUUCUCUCUAGGCGAUGGCGUCGUGUGUGGGAGUCUACUAUGAAACUCAACUUUGAUGCUAGUAACUAUGUAGCCGGUACUAACGAUCAGGGUUUUGUUCUUAAUUUCAUGCACUUGGAAGACAAGUUGAAAGAUGAGAACAUGGAUAACUAUGUCAGUUGGGUGAAUCGUGUUCUGGAACGUCACAGAGGCUCCAAGAUUAGACAAUUCAGGGCUUGCUUUUUUCUGGGUUUUCAGCAUUCAAAUACCAUUGAUGAGUGGAUUCGAUUUGCAGUGGAAAAGAGUGUGGAAGUACUUGAACUUGACUUCUCUCCCGGAACUUCGUUGCCUCUUGAUGCCAAAGGUACAGUCCCCUGCUAUCAGAAAGAUGGAUUUUCGCAAUAUCUAUUGUGUCUUGACAAACAAUCUGCUUUGGGACAACAGUCUUCUGACAUUCCAAAGCUGAGCUCUCGUGUACGCGAUGCUCGUUUCAUGACCCUCAAAGUCCUUCACUUGAGAAAUGUUGGUGUUACGGGAGAAGUUCUGGAGUAUUUAUUGUCUAACUGUCCUGUUCUUGAACGGCUAACAGUGAGCGUCUCCAAGAACUUGGUUAGUUUAAGAGUGGUUGAUCCAUCAAUUGCAUUGAAGUAUUUGAUGAUAGAAAAUUGUACUAACAUCGAAAGAAUUGAGAUCCGGGACGUGAACAUUGUUUCAUUUAGUUAUGUUGGAUAUUGUGUGAUAGAGUUGCUGCUCAGUAAUUUAUCAAUGCUGGUUGAUGUAUCCCUUGUUAAGUUGAUGUAUAUUACUGAAUGUGUAAUUCAUGCUUUCACCCAGCUUUCAAGUUUUGUUUCUCAGAUCCAAUUUCUGACCCUGGAUACCAAGGGAGAGAUGUAUCAGGAUGUUACAUUUCCUACGUUUGCAAAUCUCAAGUAUUUGGAACUAAUAGUGUGUGCCCAGGAUGAUUGGUCUCUUCAUCAGUUGUCUUCUUUCUUGACGGCUUCUCCUUACUUAGCAAGACUUGUAUUGAAGUUGUUUUACAUGACAUAUUUUAAACCUGGAGAAUUGAAAGAAGUUAUUGGAUGCCAUCAUCAUAAACUUAAGGAUGUCGAAAUAAUAGGAUAUCGUGGUAUUACAUGUGCUAUUCAACAUGUCAAUUACCUCAUAGAAAACGCUGUUGCACUCAAGAAACUUGUCAUCAACCCUAUGCAGCUUCGGCGUUUGCCUCCUAGUGUGGAUAGGGAAAUUGAACUAUCUAAAGUGGAAGAAAAUGCCAGAGAUCAUACGAAGCAGCACCUUGUACCAAAACUAAAUGUAUCUUCAACUGUAGAAUUUGUAUGCCUAUAGUAAGUGGGGGUUUAAUCUUUUCAGAUUUGGCUACGCCUCUUACAAUGGAUGGGGGACUUUUAGAGGGGGUAGUGCAGUUGAUUUAUGGUGACUUGUUCAGCGGGGUGAGUUAGUAGUUUGUCUUAGUAGUCAGUAAGAUCUAUGUGAAAAAUAAAUGUAAUAAACUUUCGUUCAGAAAAAGAGAGUUAUUUUUCAGUUCUCUUAUUUCAAUGUAGCUCAGAAAGAAACUGACACUAGUUCUUCUCAAAGAGUUAAAAACUUGAGGUUUCUAAGAAUCUACCUAUGUUGUUACAAAAUUCACAUAUUCAACUCUGCUAAAUUUAUCAGCUACUAGCAUUCGGAUUCGACUUGAUGGAACAUGGAAAUAGUUCCAUCAACAAUCAACUGAAAUGAUGUUGAUCAAAACCACCCGCUCUCCUAUCAUUGCCUUUAA